UCAAGCGAAGUCAUCGGUAAACAGGUUGACGAAAAUUCAGUUUCUACAUCAAACAAAUCAUAGAUUAUUGCUUCAGCACACGACGACAAUAUGGGGAAACAUCAUAAGGGUAUAAUCUCUAGCUGGUUGUUGAUUUGGAAUCUUUGGAACCUUCGUCAAGAUAACGACAAUCCAGAUGGAAAAUGCCCGGCAUCAUCCUACCAGAUUCUUGGCAAACAGAAUACGACGGUUGGAUGCCAACCUUGCUCCGAUUGUCCACCAGGACGACAACUAGCUCCACCAUGUGGAAGCAAAAUACAGCAAAACACAUUGAUAGUUUGCACUGAAUGCCCAUCGAAAACCUAUAAAGAUAGCCAAGGUCGAAGCAUAUGUCUACCCUGCCAGAAAUGUAGUCCAAGACAGACCAUCAGUCCAUGCAAAGCUUGGAAAAAUGCACGAUGUGGACACUGCCCUCGUGGGACGUAUCCCUGGGACGACAGAGUAACUGCUUGCAAAAGAUGCUCUACCUGUUGUGCACCCAAACGCGUUGCUGAAAUGGUGUGCACUUAUUUAGGGCAAUGCUUAAGAAAAAACUGCACCAAAGAAAAAGAUACCAAGAAAAAAAAUUUGGCUGUAAGUACCCGCCAAAGGCUUAGCACGCCCAGGAGAUGGACACCCUCAAUCUUUGGGCCACUUCAAAAUGUUCAGAGCAGUGACACUUCCGAAAACCCAUCAAUAUCGGAAUUCAAGAUGUUCAAAAGAACGAGAGUUAGACGUGAUAUACAGGAAUCCCAACAUAAAGUAAAUGUUAAGUAUGCUACUAAAAUGGCCACUGAACAAACUUCUCAACCUCCAAACGUUUCGCUUACUGUUGUAGCUAACACCAACUACUCAAAGCAGCACUUUGGAACUGCCUCCAAUGACAUGAAUGCUAUGGAGCUAAAACUUCACACGGCUGCAAGUUAUUUUGGACUAAACUUCACAAAACUUGUGAUUGUUCUAAUUGUACUGGUAGCCAUACUAAUUUUGGCGCUGAUUUCAGAAAUAGUGAUCAUAGCAUAUUGCUGCUGUUGUAAAAGACAGAGUAGUUGGGAAGUUAUUUGUUGUCCAAAGAUAAAUCUGACGAGUGUGGAGGAACGCAAGCCGUUACUGGGAGACAAAAUAUAUCAAAAUGGUCUCUGCCAAGAAGUCACUAUCAAUAGUCAUUAUAGCAAUUUGGAAGGCACACUCUAUAAGGAAUACACACCUUCUGACCUUGAAAUUGUUCGUUUGUCUGACAUGUCACCUCAUCUUGAGGACAUACUCAUAAAGAUACUUGAAGUGCAGUACCAUGGACAAUAUGGCUGGAAAAAAGUGGGCAAAGCAGUGGGGAUUAGUCAGGAUGAUCUCAAUUAUUGGGAAAACUUCAUGUCCCUGGAAAGUCCAGCUACUGAACAACUGUUAGAAACACUCAAAGCAAGACAUCCAGAAUUUACAGUUGAUGACCUAAUACGUACACUCAAGAGCCCAGAAGUACAGCUUCCAGAUGUUGCUCUACGUAUUCAUCAACAUUUGCAAAGUGCAAGGAGGUAAAUUCUGCAUCUCGAAGAGGAGACAAAAAGGACCAGAAAUGUGCAGCCAUGCAUGCAGUAGAUGGUAAUAAUACUGAGAAUUACGUGUUAUGCAGCAUCUACCUUACAAUAAAUACUCAGAGUAGACAUGAUUUUGAGAAGCUUGAAUCAGAGAAGACACUGCGGUUCACUGUGUGAAUUGUGUAAGGGCCAAUCAAAAGGUAUAACUGUAAACAACAGCAUUAAAGCCACGCCUUUUUCCAAAAACGUUUGGUACAAUUCAGGAGUGUGGCUAACUUACAAGAACACCUGGAAAACAUGCCUCAAAUUUGCAUAAAUUAACACUAUUCAUCUAAAAUUAAUUUUGUUUGUUUAAGAAACUAAUAAGAACUUCAUAAAAAUUAACAUUUCAAGUACAUUUGAGAAUUGUUUUUGACUUUUUGCAUUCAAAUCCUAAAUUCUUUCAGAGGUAAAAGAGAACAAUUCAUGCAAAUUUACAACCUGAUCACACAAUACUCUACAGGGAAUUCUAAGACUGGGUACAACACUUUUGUGUAGCACUACAUGUACAUGGUAUAUCUAAAAAGUUAGAAUAGAUGACUCUAUGUACAUCUAUAUUUAUUCAAUGUAAAUACAGUACAAAGCAUGCAGCCUAUGCACCUGAUAUAGUGGUUUAUUAAUUAAUAUUAAUAGCAAUUUGCUGAGAUUCACAUUUUUGUAAAAGGGGUUAACGGAAUUGAAAAUAGAACAAAUAAAAGCAAUGAAAUAUCAAAACAGCUAUUGGCAGCAUUGAUGCAACAAGAUAGAUAAAAAUCAUCUCAUUUAAUAACAUAACUAAACCAGUUGUGAAAUUAAACCUAUAAACUAAGCUAAAGAUUGCAUAAAAAUAAAAAUAUUGCUUAAAGUAUACAUUCUACAAACCCUAAAGCAAUUAUUUUCUACAUUUUUCGGAGAAAUAAAAAAUAUAGAAAACAAAAGAAACAAACAAAAACUUUUUUGUAUUGUUAUUACCAUUUUUGUAUGAGUAUUUUGAUGCUUGUAAUGACAGUGCAGACUGGAAUUUAAGAAUUUUAACUUUAUUAAUUUUCUUUAAUAUCUUCUAAGAUAUAGCCAGCUGUAUUUUUAUGCUUCACAGUAUUAUUUUCUUGAAGGUGAAACCCUUUUCAACAUUCAAGAUUUGUAAAGAAAUGUAUGAACAUAAAAAUGUAUUGUACAACUAAACAAAUAAGUCUGUAACACCACACCUUUUUUAAUAAAAUAUUUUUAAAAAUCUAUUCAUAUUAACUGGUAAUGUCAAGGGAGCUGAUACAACAUUCUACUAAGAAAUGAGUUUCAUUUUGUUCAGCCCAGUAUUUUUAAGUCCUACAUUAAAACAACCAUUACAAAAACUGGUAUCAGCAAGUUUUUGAUAGAGUUAACAAUUAGCCUUUUCCACCAAUUUUAAACUAGGUAUAUCAUGGAACAGUCUGACGGAUUCUGUUAAAAAUACAACAUCUUUUUCAUCUUUUAAAUCUGCCCUCAACACAUUUUUGUUUUGGAAAUUUUAUUCUUGACUUAUUUUCUGAGCAACUGUACCAACCUUUCAACUAAUUCUCAAUUAAUUGUUUCAUUUAAUAAUAAUUAUAAAUAAUAAUUGGACAUUUAUAAUGCACAAAUUCCAUAAAAUGUUCAAAUGCACAUAUUAUAUGAUUACAUAUAUUACAUUACAUUUAUUACUGUUAUGAGAAACAUUUUAUAGGUAUCACCUAACUCACUAUUUUUCUAUACAGUAAUGUGAGUGCAUUGAGUUCUCUAAAUGUGCCCAAAAAACCUGUUAUUAUUAUUAUUAUUGUUAUUAUUAUUAAUAUUAUGCAUGUGUUACUGCAACAUGUAAAAUGAGGGUCUAAAAGUUAAUGAUGAUCAAUUGCAGUAGGAAUUAAUGAACAAUAUUCACAAUCUUAAGAGUGUUGCAGGCCACAUAAACCUUCAGUGUACGUGUGCACGAUAGUGAAGAAAAUGUGCUUGACACACACUGUUCACAAACUCCUGCAUAAUCUGGAUUUAACUGGUCAAAACUUUUAAAAUGCUCUUCCUUAGACAGUCGUGUAAAGUUUUCGGAUCAGACUACCCCUAAACAUUGUGAUGUAACAUGCGCAAAAAAGGAAAAACUCUGCCCCUGCCCUUUUGACAAAUGCACCACUGGUACAUUAUACAUGACCCUCUGUAAGACGAAAGAUGAAUUGCUUUUAUUUCCUUCAGUUUUAAGAAGGUGGCUAGUAUGGGCUGCGAAGUCCCUGUCAUACUGUUUUCGUCUAGCUCGGUCAAAAUUAGCAUGGCUGCUACCUUUAGCAAUUUAUUUGAUAUCUUAGAUACAUUUAAUUAUAUACAUACAAAUAAGAAUACUCGCCUCAAUGUUUCAUUUGUUACUUUGUGGUUUGUUUUGUCUUCCCUUCCUCUUGUAGAAUGUGUGACUGUUCGAUCAACUGUAAAAUUAUAUUUCAACGUAGUUUCCACC